UCAGAUUAUGCGUCUAGAAAGUUGGCAAAUUUCUGUUGUAUAGAAUUGAAUUUCUGAUUGGGUACAGCGAUUUCAAAGUCUUCGGUUUUUUUUCAAGACAAUAACGCAAGCAAAUGACUUGAGCAUGGACAAUGGCUGCUUUUAUAAAUCAGAAAAUGGAUAGAAACCAAAAGAGCACGAAGAAAAGGAGAACUGAAGAACACGGAUACACAAAAUGGGUUCUCAAAAGCAGGGCUUUAUUUGGUUAUCAGGGCUUUUGUUUCUGAAUAUCCUUCUCUUUUCCAGUGCUGAUGUCCACCAUUAUGCAUUUGUUCUACAAGAAUCCGAGUUCACAAAGCUGUGUAGCACAAUGAGCAUCUUGACCGUAAAUGGCAGUUUUCCAGGGCCAGAGAUUCGGGUUCGCAGAGGGGACACAGUUUUUGUCAAUGUCCAUAAUCAAGGAAACGAUGCUGUUUCCAUAGUGUGGGAGGGUGUUGAGGAUUCAAUUGAUGGUUCCGAUGAUUUGAUUCAGCCUGGUAGAAACUUAACUUAUGAGAUCGAAUUAGACGAGGAACUAGGAACUCUUUGGUGGCAUGCUAAGAGUGCCUGGGCCAGUGCCACCGUCCAUGGCGCCUUUGUCAUUUUGCCUGCAGCCAAUGAAACUUAUCCUUUUCCUGCCCCUACUUCAGACCAAACAAUUAUACUUGGAUCAUGGUUUAAACAAGAAUUAACGGAAGCUAAUGAAACCAUUGCUCCAGGCCAAGCAGAUGCUUACACAAUCAAUGGCCAUCCUGGAGAAACAUAUGGAUGCAGCAACGAUACAACAUAUCAACUACAAGUAGAUUACGAGGGUGUUUACCUUCUUCGCUUAGUAAAUGCUGCGGUCAAUGAAACAAUGGUGUUUGGAAUCGCAUACCACAGCUUCACAAUUGUCGGACAAAGUGGGGCUUACAGCAGACGCUCUUUUGCCAAUUCUCUGACACUAGCCCCAGGCCAAACAUUGGACAUUUUGUUAGCCGCAAACCAAAAUCUUGGCCAAUAUUACAUGACUGCUCGGCCUUCCUCUGGUAGAUAUGUUACCACCGGAAUCAUACAAUAUACCGCCAGUGCUGGUGUUUAAUUUAAUUACAUAAUUUCAAGUGCCCAGGAUAUAGCUUGCUGCUUCAAUAAGAGAUUCAAUAAGGCAAAUCACUUACAUAUCAAUGCCCUCUGAAUAAUUCAUGUUAGCUGUGGAAAUUAUUUGUGAUUUUUCAUUAAAAAGUUCUUUGUUAGCUGUAAUUGGUGUUUGUUGUUCGAACGAGGAAUUUUUAAUAUUGUAUUUCUUUUUUUUUUUUUUGUGGGUGGGGAAGGAAAGGGGGUGACGGAAAGUUUUUCUUAGACUACAAUGUGAUUUGUUUGAGACUAUAAUUAACUGAACAUGGCUUGAAUUGCCACAGGUUGGGCCAGAUUUUGAUGCAAAAUAUAAUCGAAAUUCAUCUGGUCGGAAGUUGAAUUGCACAAAUUUCAUAUAAAACUUAUAGCUU